AUGUUGCGACAAACAACCGCCAGGCGAACAGCUUCACUGCUACGCUCCGCCAACAACACCACGUAUACCGCCUCUUCCUCCUCGUCAUCGUCGUCGAGUCGUAUCGCCCUGCAAAGACGCUUUGCCAGCUCCGGCGGAAACCCGGUCGUACCACCUCCCCCAUCGCAAAAGCAACGCAGCUGGAGGAACAGACUCGUGCGCCUUGGUCUGGCCGGCGGUGCCAUCUACUUUUACAACACCUCGAGCGUGUUUGCCGACCAGCCGACUUUCUCUCUGCGUUCGCAGCUGGAGGAGUCGACUGACGCUUUGGCGUUGAAUGUUCGCGAUGACAAGAAAUCGGCCGCCUCCCAGCCACAGCAGCAAGACUCGGUUGACGUGCAGCCCGAGCAGCCCGGCGAUGGAGAAUCAGGUGGACUAAGCGAUCUCGAGUCGCAGGCUGGUACCGAAGGCGCCUUCAACCCAGAGACCGGCGAGAUCAACUGGGACUGUCCCUGCCUGGGCGGCAUGGCACACGGACCGUGUGGUGAAGACUUCAAGGCGGCCUUUAGCUGUUUCGUGUAUUCCACCGAGGAGCCCAAGGGAAUGGACUGCAUUGAAAAGUUCAAGGGCAUGCAAGAUUGCUUCCGCCUACACCCUGAAAUCUACGGCAGCGAACUCGACGAAGAAGAAGUCGACGAACAACUGACCGACCAAAUCGCCCAGCGCGACAAACAAGACCAGGCUACCCAAGAAUCAGAACAGCAACAGCAACAGCAACAACCAGUCUACACAAACGACCCGGCUAGCGCCAGCCUCAACCAAGCCGAGAAACGCGCCGAGGUCGAGGAAAUUCACAAAGCAAACGAGCAUUCUCAGCAGGCCGCUCGGGAGGAAGAGAACCUGGUUCCGAGGGCGUGGCAUGCAAGUGAAGAGGACAAGACGACUGAGAAAUGA